GGACCGAAUUUGAGAGGUCGGUAUCGGAAUAGUCAGCCUGGUUGCAGCCAGCAGGCUAUAUGUAGACAGCAGUGGGUUUAAUCCACCCAGACAUGCAUAGGGUGAGUUUCUUAAACGUAACCUUCUAUAUAUUUGUUUCUUCCUUUUUUUUUUAAAUUCACUCUAAUUUGAACAUAUGGAUAUUUAAUGUUGAGAAUGUUUAUGCAACAACUAAAUAGCUUAAUAAUUGCCUCAGGCGAAAAUAAAACAACAAGACUAUUAUGCAUGCUAUAGUAUCCAUAAUACGGUCAUCUUUACGAGGUGCGAGGGUAUUAACAGGCCGGUUGAUUUCAAUGACACAUUAUGAAAGCCUGUUGAGAAUAAUUUUCAUUUGACAUUAUUGCUGCCAAGCAACUUUGUUGUCACAGAGGUGACCGAAUGUUAAAUCUCUUUAAGACGUGAGGAUUCACCGCCUGUCAUCGUGGUUGUGACAAAGCGAUGGAGCACGCCGAAGAAGACGAGCUCGAGACCCGAUUUAAUGCCGCAGUGCGAGUGAUACGGAGUUUACCCGAAGAUGGUAGGCUGAUUAUCCACUAAUAACUACACUUGCCUAUACAUCAAAUCAGCCACUGAACUGUGGGCCAUGGCCUGCGACUGAGUAGCCUAUUUAGCAGUAAGCCUAGCUUGUGCAGCAUAUGUCUGAAUAAGCACCAUUAGGGCUCACACUGUUGCCACCGUUUUAAUUUGGUACCUGUUUGGUAGUGGUGAUUGGCUUAUAUUCUCUGUGUCUUAGAUUUAGCUUUAGGUUGGCUCAGAAGGCACACUGUAAGAAGUUCUGCUGUUCUUAAAGAAUAUAACUGCCUUAUCAGUUUAAACUGUUUUACUGUUCGAUACAGUUGCAUUAGGCUACUCAUCCAUUGUUUAUGUUUUUGUUGUCGUAUGACUGAGUCUUUGUAAACAAACAGCCAAUAUCAUGCCAAUCUCAUGGACUGUCAGUCCUUGCGUAGCGCUGUAGGCAGGGUAACUGAUAGGCUGUUGAAAUGACAGGUUGUGUCUUUAGAGCUGAAGAUGGGCAGCUUCAAACAUUAAAGCAUUACAUUUAAAAGAGAAGUCUAUUUAUACCUUCUGAGGACACACAUUUGUUUUGUCAGUUGCAGUGAGCUCAUGGUAAUUGCUGCAAGUUGAGGGACCAUCGGCUGCAAUGUAACAAUAAUUCAAAGUAUCAUGUCAAUCAUCAAACUUCCUGACUCAUCCUCUUUGUUCCCCCUCCUAUCCUUAUUUGCUCUCCUAUAGGUCCAUACCAGCCGGCGGAUGGCAUGAUGCUCAUGUUUUAUAGUUACUACAAGCAGGCUAUGUUAGGGCCUUGUAACAUUCCAAGACCUACAGGAUACUGGGACACUGCAGGCAAAGCCAAGUGGUAAAUUAUGUUUAAGGACUGGGUCGUGUUCAUUAGCGCACACUAUAGCAAAACAUUUUGCAAUAGAAAAACGAAAAUGAGUGUUUCUUAUUGGACGUGUCCAGAUAGGUAUAGAACCUCCCCGCUUCACUCCAUUUUGGAUCACUUUCUUCCAUUUUGUGCCUACUGAACACGACCCUGGUGAAGGGUGUUGUCCUAGCAAUAGGUUAUCAAAUCAGAUGAAAGACAAUUUACCAUAUGUUAGAAAAAGAAAAAUACUGCAUGCCUUCAGUAAAACGCAAACGUUGACGACCUACUCAGACACAUACGAGAUAUACCAGCAUACAGCAUGAGCACUUCUGAAAGCGCUGCUCAGGGAAGCAACCCUUUGAAAUGUUGAUAAGACGGCAGAAGAAUGGCACAGCGAGGCAAAGACAAAAUGAAAAGUCUAAAAAUGGGUUGGUGUUUUUGCCUCAAGGUGAAAGUUUUCGUGAUAAAGGAAUAUUACUGAAUCAUUUGAACUGGGAUAUUACGUAAGCCACAAAGCACAAUAACCAUAGUUAUAUUAUAUUGCAAGGAAUAUUUGUCAUGCAAUCAAUCUACCCAUGGUAAAAUGUGUAAUAUACCAUACUACCAUCUUAUUGCUGCAGAAUAACACAUUUAUUAGCCACAAAAAUUCAUAGCAACUAUUAAAACCUAUGUUCAUUAUUUGUGCUGUAUGAUCAGACCAAAUUCUGAGAGAUUUAAUUUCAAAUAUCUGAUACUGUGUUUACACUAGUUCCCAGAGCUCUUCCUGGUUAUGUCAUGUGUUCAAGAAAAACUCAAGGCCCUAUGUACUGCAUAUCUUGCAUGGAUCCAUGGAUUCAUAAUGAAAUCCCAACUCUGAAAAAAGUAUGUUGUUAGUCUGUCUCAAAAUCAUUGAGGUUUAUGCAGCAUUUCUUUUGUCACCCGAGUUCAUAUGAGACCCAAACAUUGUUUGUUGCCAGGGACGCAUGGAACUCACUGGGGAAUAUGUCAAAGGAGGAAGCCAUGCAAGCUUACCUCAAUGACAUUCAGCUGGUAAGCAUUUUUACUAUGUCAUUUUGAAUAAAUAAAAGAAGAGGAAGCAACUGCAAUCACGUAUUAUUGUUUUACCCUCCAGGCAGAUUAAUUUCUGUUUCAUUAAAUUGCUGAAACCACAUUUAUUCUUUAUUGAAACACCAAUAUAUUAACAAUCAAAUUGCCUCUUUCUGGAAGAUUCUGGAGACUCUUCCAGUCACAGAGGAGGUGUCUGAUCUGCUGGAGGCUCUUGGGGGGUAUUUCUUCGAGGAAGUGGAGGGAGGAGUGGAGGAAGAGGAAGAGGAGGCCAAGAGGACCUACAACAGGCCUUUCGCAGCAGCUGCAGGUGCCUGGUCAAAAUGGAUGCUGUUUUGAGCACUGCAGAACUACACACCUCAGUUUCACUGAACACAACAACACAAUACCCCCCAACACAUCUAGGAGUACAAGUGUUCAAUGAUUUAUGUGUUUAUUGAUUAUUAAUUAACCACUCUCAUAGUCUAUAAAUAGUCACUAAAGAGUCCAUAAAUUCACACAGAAGGAGAUUGUUUCACCUCAAAUAAUGGAGGGUUUAGCUCUGAGGAAGAUGUUAACCUUUCCUUGCUAUUAGCAGAGAAGGCCUUUGGAUGAAUAUUUCAUAGUCGCCUUUUUGUCUUUUUGCUCAGUGGAAAUGCAGAUGCUAAAGGGGUAUAUCCACAAACCAAAGAUGGAAGGCAAGUGUUUGUGUGGUAGCGUUGGUCCUAGACGCUGAACUCCAUUCGCCAAGGGUCCACAGUGAACUCAUGUCAGUCAUCCUCACCUUGUAAUCAGCAACCAGUUCUGAUGAAGGAAGAGAGAUUGAUGAGUGGACUGUUGUCUAUGGCGACAAUUAAAGGGAUAGUUAUCCAUUUACCUCAUAUUAUGUAAAAACUAGAAAGUAGUCUAUGGACCCAAGAAUUGGUGAUAUAGGAUAUGAGUUUGUCUACUUACAGUAGCUAUAGUUUAGCAUUAGCGUCAUUGAUUGCAUGGUGCAAGCAGGACUCCUGUUAGCCUGCGCUAAACAGCAAACCUAAAGGUAUCCAUACGUUUACUUCAAUUUGACAUUUUGGUGAACUGUCCCUUUAAGGAAAUAUGUGCAAAUAUGUUUGACGGCUGGAUGAGUAGAGAAGCUCUUCUGUUGUGUUUUGUGGCGUGGUUGAUUGAUUGAUUGUUUUAUCUUUGAAAGUGUCUGGUAUUGUCUCAAUAGUAGAAAAGUCUGUUGCUAAUGAAUAGCAGCCUAUUUGUGUUAGCUGUGUAGUUGUGCUGCUUUGUGAAUCGUGGCAUAGACUGCUAAAUGUUGUGGCAAUGUAGAUGCAGUUGGUGUUAUCUAGUGUAGCUCAUUAUAAUUAUAACGAGUUUAUAAUAAGGUGUCUUAUACGUUUUAUUGCACUGCUCAGGCUUUGGGAGUCUGGAAAUCUGGAAGGAUAUUCAAACCAAAGUCCCAGAAAGCAAAAUAAAUGGCAUGAAUAUGACUGGCAAGGAGGAAUGCAAGGAGGAAAGUAAAUGCACUGAUUUGGAGGAGGAGGAAGAGGAGGAGGAGGAGGAGGAGGAGGAAGAUGAGGAUGAGGAGGAGAAAGUGGACAGUGAUGAGGAGGAGGAGAAGGAGGUGGAGAAAGUGGACAGUGAUGAGGAAGAAGAUGCAGAUGAUGAAGAGGAGGAGGAGAGAGGUACCACGAAUAGUACAUAUCCAAUUUUGAGCUGUUUCUCUAUACGACAAUUUAAUUAUGAAUACUAUGUAGCAUAACGUAUUAGCAAGCCAAACAUGGUUAUACUUAUGACAGUGCUAUAACUAUGGGUAGCUAUAAAGCAGUUCAAGCGAAAGCUGAGGACUGAAUUUUACAUGGUUUUGUAUGUUACCACAAAAGAGACUUCAUUACUUUUAUUUCAGAGAUAAAACGUCCCUGGACCGUGGUUAUAUCAGUUUGUCACAAUUCAUACCAUAACUGCUCUAUAUCACUAUGAAACAUAGGACUGGGAGGACCAUUGUUAUGUCAAUGCUGUGUCAUGUCAGGUUUAUAACUAUAAUAUCCUUACUAACAUGCCACUAAUUGAUUGCUUCAUUUUAAGUAGUAUGCUAGUGUGGAUAUUGAAACAGAGCUUAUGUCAUACUGUCCGUUAGAGAGGAAGGCCCCAGGCCCUGACAUGAGUCUGCUCAGGGUGAAGGACCGCAGGUGGAGGUCAGAGGUCAGCUCGUCCAACGGCACUGUGGAGCCCAGCGUCUCCUCCAUGACCAACGGGACACACAGCUCCCUCGACAGUGAGGUGGAGGAGGAGGAACUGGCCUACUCAGAAGAGCCCCUACCGGAGAACCGCUACAGGCAUCUGAACAGACACCUCAGUGGUAAGGACCGCCACCAUAAACACCUCCAGUAGCUGGGUUAGUAGGACCCAACAGUAGGUACUGUAUUUGAGAGCACCUGUAAGAUAGACAGAAGGAGGGAUGUGGCAGUCAUGACAUUUUGUCAGCCGGUAAUUGUCAUGCAAAUAACUGCCGGUCUCACGGUAAUUGACCGUUAAUUAACAUAAACACAUUUAGCAUCUCAUGGCUUCCACACAUAGCCUACAAGCCACUGAUGCAGACCUUUGGAACAUCUACAUUUAAAAAAGUCUAAUAAAUACAUUUAAUAUAGCCUACACAUCACCAAAAAUGUAUUAUUUAAUUUAGACAGGUUUAAAGAAACAUGAUAUGAAGAAAAUGUAGCCUAUUUCAGAAGAACUGAUCUGGCUAUGCCAUAUGGCUGUGAGCUACACUAGUUAAUUUAGCAGACAAGAUUUGCUUAGAAUUCCGUGGCAUUAUUUUUAUAUUAUUUUAUAGUAUGAAGAAUACAAUUGAACAUAGCUGAAUGAUAAAUAAAAUACAUUUCCCCAAACUAUUUCUGAGUGCGCACAUGCAGAGUAGGCUGCCCUGUAAUUUGUCGUAUAAAAAAAUAUUCUGCUAAUGUCUCCAGGAAUAUAAAGUGUAGUAGAAUUGCAUGAAAUGUGUUUAGACCACAUUUUUCCCAUGCAAAGAAAGAAGAAACGUAUCUGAUAUAGCCUAGGUCUACUCUAUACACACUCAGCCAUGCAUUCAACUCUUUUUUGCGAACAGUGAUUGAGUUAUAUUAUUAGCCUAAAUUAUGACUAUCCAAUCAACUCAUCACAUUACGAAUAGUAGUCUUUCUUACAUAAGUCUGCAAAUGUGAUGACGCAUGGAGUGCUUUUACUAUAAAGGUGCAUUUUUAUGGUGAAAAUGAGCUUCCCCAUACUUUAAACGUGCUUUCCGCCUAUGUAUUCCAGGUAGGCUACACCAGUUGUAAAGCAGAUUAAUGUGCUUAAUGUUAAGAAUUUAGCGAUAAAUAUAGCAGCACGAGAAAGCUGGGAUCCUCUUUUCUUAAAUAGUGGCCUUUCAAAAUUCUGUUUUCACACGCGAUUGCAUAGCCUAUAUAAUUGUUGCAACAUGAGGUCAUGGGCUCUCAUAAAGUGUUUGAUUUUCAGUUGCAUUUGCAUUGAUGUCAGAGUGAUUAGAGGGACAAUAGAGCGCAGAGUGCCAGGCCAUUAGUGACUGGCCCUUAGCAAGUUUGGCAGGCUACUAAUAACCAUCAGCGGCAUCAGAGCGCAGUUUUGGGUAAGCAGUUUUGGGUAAGCAGUUUUGGGUAAGCAGUUUUGGGUAAGCAGUUUUGGGUAAGCCUAGUUACCAUGACCGCUGGUGUGGCGGUAAUACGGUCACCGUAACAGCGCUAGACUGAACCGGCAUAUGAACGGACACCUCAGACCCGCCACCAUAAACACCUCCAGUAGCUGGUUUAGUAGGACCCUUUCUGUAGGUAUUUAAGAGCCCCAGUUCUGAGAGACGGUACAGGCAUAUUAACAGAUGUCUCAGCGGUAAGAUGGAGUCAGCUGGAGUUUGGAUUACCUGACCUAUGACCUACCAUAGCCGUGGGAAGUAGUGGUGCUGAGGGGGCUGCAGUACCCCCUGAUAAAACAUUUUGGUCAAUAAUCUGGCAAUGAUGUGGUGUGCUUCGUCCCCUCCGCACAGAGCGUCUUCGAGCCAACGACUCGGACAACGAGGAAUUCUGUGACUCAAUGGAACAUUUAGCCAUGGACGAGGUAAGGCGUUAAGAAACGUUAUGUGCUUGCUCCAGCAAAUUAGAACUCGCUCCCGCCCAUCUAUUCAUUGGGUUGGUUCGUUUUGGGUUAUGACAAUGCAAAAGGAGCGCUCCCAUGAUUUUGAUUGGUUGUCUUCACAGGAAUCGGGAGUACCGAGGGCACACUCCUCCGAGACAAGGGCAAGUCAAGUUAAGAGGAGGAGUCUUCAGGGAGAGACCCUGGAUGAGGACCUGAGUCUCCAGGAAGACGCCCCUCACAGGGAGGGGCUUCAUACAGAACGACGGGACAGUUGCUGGUCAAUGAGUGGAAUAGGUGGGUCUGUAUGGUCUUACUGUUUAAAAGAAAUCAUGAUAAAAGUAUAAUCGGUGGCAUUUGAUCCCUUGAUUGACUUGAAACCUUUUUCCUGUGCUUCUGGGCUUUUAUUCAUAAAGCGUCUCAGAGUGGUAGUGCUAGGAUCCACCCAGUCCAUUCAUUAUAAUCUAAAAGGCCAUACUGAUCCUAGAUCAGCACUUCUACUCUGAGACGUGGUGAUGUCUUGUGACUACAGGCCUCGAAGUCCAUAGAGUAAUGCUUGCUCACUGCCCAUUGUUUGUGGUAUAGGUUCCAGGUCAUCGGGGCGAGGUUCCGGGUCACAGCUUUUUACCAAUGGAAAUGCAGCAGAGGGCUGGGUUAUGCAGAACAGGACUGAGGCUGUUGCCAGCGGUAACCUUAAUGAGCACAUCGCCAUGGCGCUGACCAGGCUGCAGGAGGACAUGGCUAACGUGCUUCAGAGGCUGAACACUCUGGAGGCCCUGACCACAUUACAGGUGAGACCACGGUCUGAAAACCAGAGAGAUAAAACAGUACUUUUUUUAUGAUAUUUUUUCAAAGAUAAAACUGUAUCACAGUACAGUCAAAAAUUCGAUCUGAAUCACAAGUCUACAUUUUGUGUCUGUUCAUUUUCAGACUAGAUCGCUUUCUCAGGCUAGACAAGAUGACUCCUUAUCCCUAGCAAGAAAGGUAUGUGCCUCUAUCUAACUAUACUGAACAAAAAUAUAAAUGCAACAUGCAACAAUUUAAACGAUUUUACUGAGGUACAGUUCAUAUAAGGAAAUCAGUCAAUUGAAAUAAAUUCAUUAGGCCCUAAUCUAUGGAUUUCACAUGACUGGGCAGGGGCGCAGCCAUGGGUGGGCCUGGGAGGGCAUAGGCCCACCCACUGUGGAGCCAGGCCCAGCCAAUCAGAAUUAGUUUUUCACUUUUUCAUCACAUGACUAUUGGUUGGUGGCCUGGUGGUUGGGAGCUUGGGCCGGUGGCCGAUAGGUCCCUGGUUCGGGUCCCCGAUUUGACUUGGUGGGAGAUCUGUCGAUGUGCCCUUGGGCGGGUUGCUUGACCCUGGUUGCUCCUGUGGGUCGCUCUGGAUGGGAAUGUCUGCUAGAUGACUGAAUGUGAUGUAAAUGUUGAGCGGCUUCACUGCAGGUAGAUUGUAUGUUUUAAUAUACAAUAAAAUACAGAUAUCCAUCUGUUGGUCACAGAUACCUUUAAAAAAAAAUGGGCCUCAAAAUGGACUUCAGGAUCUCGUCACGGUAUCUCUGUACAUUCAAAUUGGCAUCGAUAAAAUGCAAUUGUGUUCGUUUUCCGUAGCUUAUGCCUGCCCAUACCAUAACCCCACUGCCACCAUGGGGCACUCUGUUCACAACAAUGACAUCAGCAAACCGCUUGCCCACACGACGCAAAACACGUGGUCUGCGGUUGUGAGGCCUGUUGGACGUACUGCCAAAUUCUCUAAAACAACGUUGGAGGCAGCUUAUGGUAGAGAAAUUAACAUUCAAUUGUCUGGCAACAGCUCUGUUGGACAUUCCUGCCGUCAGCAUGCCAAUUGCACGGUCCCCAAAAAUAUGAGACAUCUAUGGCAUUGUGUUGGGUGACAAAACUGCACAUUUUAGCAGAUGCUCUUAUCCAGAGCAUUUUUUAAAUUUAUUUUUUCAUACUGGCCCCCCGUGGGAAUCGAACCCACAACCCUGGCGUUGCAAGCGCCAUGCUCUACCAACUGCGCUACACAGGGCCCACACGGGUAAUGACCAUGCUGUUUAAUCAGCUUCUCUAUAUGCCACACCUGUCAGGUGGAUGGAUUAUCUUGGCAAAGGAGAAAUGCUCACUAACAGGAAUGUAAACAAAUUUGUGGACAAAAUUUGAGAGAAAUAAGCUUUUUGUGUGUAUGGAACAUUUCUGGGAUCUUUCAUUUCAGCUCAUGAAACAUGGGACCAUCACUUUACAUGUUGCGUUUAUAUUUUUGUUCACUGUAUUAAUUCUUAAAAGUCUAAGCUGACAUAUGGAAUUGUUUUAAGAUUGUCAUACCAUGAAUAAUUUAGCUAUUUCAUUUUACGACCCCUUUAGGUAUAAAGAAUAUAUACACUACCGGUCAAAAGUUUUAGAACACCUACUCAUUCAAGGGUUUUUCUUUAUUUUUACCAUUUUCUACAUUGUAGAAUAAUAGUGAAGACAUCAAAACUAUGAAAUAACACAUAUGGAAUCAUGUAGUAACCAAAAAAGUGUUAAACAAAUCAAAAAAUAAUUGAGAUUUGAGAUUCUUCAAAUAGCCACCCUUUGCCUUGAUGACAGCUUUGCACACUCUUGUUAUUCUCUCAACCAGUUUCACCUGGAAUGCUUUUCCAACAGUCUUGACGGAGUUCCCACAUAUGCUGAACACUUGUUGGCUGCUUUUCCUUCACUCUGCGGUCCGACUCAUCCCAAACCAUCUCAAUUUGGUUGAGGUCGGGGGAUUGUGGAGGCCAGGUCAUCUGAUGCAGCACUCCAUCACUCUCCUUCUUGGUAAAAUAGCCCUUACACAGCCUGGAGGUGUGUUGGGUCAUUGUCCUGUUGAAAAACAAAUGAUAGUCCCACUAAGCCCAAACCAGAUGGAAUGGCAUAUCGCUGCAGAAUGCUGUGGUAGCCAUGCUGGUUAAGUGUGCCUUGAAUUCUAAAUAAAUCACAGACAGUGUCACCAGCAAAGCACCCCCACACCAUAACACCUCCUCCUCCAUGCUUUAUGGUUGGAAAUACACAUUCAGAGAUCAUCCGUUCACCCACACCGUGUCUCACAAAGACACGGCGGUUGGAACCAAAAAUCUCCAAUUUGGACUCCAGACCAAAGGACAAAUUUCCACCGGUCUAAUGUCCAUUGUUCGUGUUUCUUGGCCCAAGCAAGUCUCUUCUUCUUAUUGGUGUCCUUUAGUAGUGGUUUCCUUGCAGCAAUUUGACCAUGAAGGCCUGAUUCACGUAGUCUCCUCUGAACAGUUGAUGUUGAGAUGUGUCUGUUACUUGAACUCUGUGAAGCAUUUAUUUGGGCUGCAAUUUCUGAGGCUGGUAACUCUAAUGAACUUAUCCUCUGCAGCAGAUGUAACUCUGGGUCUUCUAUUCCUGUGGCGGUCCUCAUGAGAGCCAGUUUCAUCAUAGUGCUUGAUGGUUUUUGCGACUGCGCUUUAAGAAACGUUCAAAGUUCUUGAAAUGUUCCGUAUUGACUGACCUUCAUGUCUUAAAGUAAUGAUGGACUGUUGUUUCUCUUUACUUAUUUGCGCUGUUCUUGCCAUAAUAUGGACUUGGUCUUUUACCAAAUACGGCUAUCUUCUGUAUACCCCCCUACCUUGUCACAACACAACUGAUUGGCUCUAACGCAUUAAGAAGGAAAGAAAUUCCACAAAUUAACUUUUAAGAAGGCACACCUGUUAAUUGUAAUGCAUUCCAGGUGACUACCUCAAGAAGCUGAUUGAGAGAAUGCCAAGAGUGUGCAAAGCUGUCAUCAAAGCAAAGGGUGGCUAUUUGAAGAAUCUCAAAUAUAAAUAUAUAUUUUGAUUUGUUUUAACACUUUUUUGGUUACUACAUGAUUCCAUAUGUGUUAUUUCAUAGUUUUGUCUAUUCACUAUUAUUCUACAAUGUAGAAAAUAGUAAAAAAUUAAGAAAACCCCUUGAAUGAGUAGGUGUUCUAAAACUUUGGACCGGUAGUGUAUAAAAAAAGUAUUUAAUAAAAUAUUGAAUUUGGCCUUUACUACUAUAGCCCAUAGAAACGCAUUGAAUAACACAUUCAUAAAUGGCAAAAAAAACUGUCCAAAAAUAAAGCAUAAGGAAGAAGGUUUUGAAUCUUCUGUCUAACUAUUAAAUAAUCGUAAAAAAAAAAAAAAACAGGAUUCACAAUGCCAGGAAUCAUACUGCAUUCACAAUGUCAGAAUCAUACUGUAUUCACAAUGCCAGAAUCAUACAGUUUUUUCCCCAUUGAAUAUCUUAAAACGUCUACACAUGUAAGAAGAGAGGUUUAACAUUUAUUUUGUAUACUCUUUAAUGUCAGCAGCAGAUGAGAGAAAUGAGAAGUUGUCUUUUUGGUUUUCCAGAGUCCUUCGUGGUGGCCUUUUCACCUGUCUCCUACCACUGUGGCGUUUACUACUGUCUGGCCUUUGAUUUCUCAUUGGCUGGUUCAGAUUUACCUGCUACGAAAGAGGAAGUGAGUGUACUGUGUGUUCUAUACUGUAUGUCAUCAGUGCCCUGUGAAUCAGAGCCAUGUAUAAAUAUAUAGAAAAUAUCUCUGUAUAUGCCUCAGUUGUAAAUGUGCUUAUAUCGUCAACUGUUGACGUCAGUGUUCUAUCUAUGCCAUAGGUGUCCUAACCUUGUGCAGAAUAUGUGCACCUUUAGGUUAGGGGACGUCUACUUUAUAUGUUGUCAGUUACCAGUUUGUCACAUUGAAUCAAUACAAAUCAGCUCAUUAUUAUAAUAAUGUGUUGUUCAACGUUUCUCUUUUCAGAAAGAUAAGCUGAGGAUCGAGUGGGUUAUCCAAACAAGCCAGACUCUUAAGAGAAUUUGCUCUACUUUUGCACAGGAGUUAUACUUUUCAUUUAAAUUCUCUACAUGCCACUGUUUGGCACUGUACAACAACUGUACUUGUGCAAGAGAGAGGUGAUUUGUAAUACAUAAUUCAUAAUUUAUUUUUUAUUUAAACAUUGUCUGGAUUUAUGGGCACAAUAGAAUGUUUGCUUACCACGUGACAUUUUUUAAAUAUUAUUUUGGUACCCCACUAAUGCCAUACAAUAUUGUAACUUCAUGGACCAGUUUCCCUGAUUCCUAUUGGAAUAAAAAGCACUUUCAAUGCUUUCAAUGAGGAUUCUCCAUUGAACAUGUGUUUUUAGU